AUGACGUACGAGGAGGCCGCCGCCCUGCCCUGCGCCGGGGUGACGGCGUGGAAUGCGUUGAACAGCGGCGAGCGGCGCCUGGUGCCUGGCAGCAUCGUGCUGGUGCAGGGCACCGGCGGUGUGAGCUCCCUCGCCGCACAGCUGGCGCACGCCGCCGGGUGCCGCGUGAUCGCGCUGUCGUCGAGCGCGGCGAAGAUGACGGAGCUGCUGCGCCUCGGCGUGGUGCAUCCCGGCGACUGGGUGAACUACCGCGAGAACCCGCACUGGGGUGAGGCGGUGCGUGCGCUGACGCCGGCCGGCCGUGGCGUGGACGUGGUAGUGGAGGUGGUGGGGAUGUCCUCCAUCAACGAGUCCCUCAUCGCCACGCGCCGCCGCGGUGUCAUCUCCGUGGUGGGCCACCUGGACGGUACACCGAAGGACCCGUUCUCGUUGCACGAAGUGCUGAUGAAGCGCUUGCACAUUGUGGGUGUGCACGUUGGCCCGCGCCGCGACUUCGAGGACAUGCUGCAGCUGAUGGCCGUCAAGGAGGUGCACCCCAUUCUCGACGACAAGCGCUUCACGCUGCCGCAGCUGAAGGAGGCGUACGCGUACCUGAAGAGCCAGAAGCACUCGGGCAAGAUUGUGGUGACGGUGUAA